AUGGCUUCUCCGGGCAAAGGCGGUGACUUGUUUUCGUCGGAUGAAGAGGGCCCCGCAGUGCUGGCCGGCCCGGGCCCCGGGCCUGGAGGAGCGGAGGGCGGUGCGGAGGAGCGCAGGGUCAAGGUCUCCAGCCUGCCCUUCAGCGUGGAAGCGCUCAUGUCCGACAAGAAGCCGCCCAAGGAGUCGCCCGCGGUGCCACCCGACUGCGCCUCGGCUGGCGCUGUCCUGCGGCCGCUGCUGCUGCCGGGACACGGCGUCCGGGACGCUCACAGUCCCGGGCCUCUCGUCAAGCCCUUCGAGACUGCCUCGGUCAAGUCGGAAAAUUCCGAAGACGGAGCGCCGUGGAUACAGGAGCCCGGCAGAUACUCCCCGCCACCAAGACAUAUGAGCCCCACCACCUGCACCCUGAGGAAACACAAGACCAACCGGAAGCCACGCACACCCUUCACCACAUCCCAGCUUCUAGCCUUGGAGCGCAAGUUCCGCCAGAAACAGUACCUCUCCAUCGCAGAGCGGGCCGAGUUCUCCAGCUCUCUGAACCUUACAGAAACCCAGGUCAAAAUCUGGUUCCAGAACCGAAGGGCUAAGGCGAAAAGACUGCAAGAGGCGGAACUGGAAAAGCUGAAAAUGGCUGCCAAACCUAUGCUGCCCUCCGGCUUCAGUCUGCCCUUCCCCAUCAACUCACCGCUGCAAGCCGCAUCCAUAUACGGAGCCUCCUAUCCCUUCCAUAGACCUGUGCUUCCCAUCCCGCCCGUUGGACUCUAUGCCACGCCGGUUGGAUAUGGCAUGUACCAUCUAUCGUAA